AUGUACAUUCCGCAAUCACGUGACGGAAAAACACUAAGUCCACCGACAAGGACAAAUGCCAAAUACUCUGGGCCUUUAGCGGUCAUCUUGACCUCCAGUAACUUUAGGGAUGAUGGUCUGACCUCAGUAAUUGACAGUAACUUUAGAGAUGAUGGUCUGACCUCAGUGACUGACAGUAACUUUAGGUAUGAUGGUCUGACCUCAGUGACUGACAGUAACUUUAGAGAUGAUGGUCUGACCUCAGUGACUGACAGUAACUUUAGAGAUGAUGGUCUGACCUCAGUAACUGACAGUAACUUUAGAGAUGAUGGUCUGACCUCAGUAACUGACAGUAACUUUAGGUAUGAUGGUCUGACCUCAGUGACUGACAGUAACUUUAGAGAUGAUGGUCUGACCUCAGUGACUGACAGUAACUUUAGAGAUGAUGGUCUGACCUCAGUAACUGACAGUAACUUUAGGGAUGAUGGUCUGACCUCAGUGACUGACAGUAACUUUAGAGAUGAUGGUCUGACCUCAGUGACUGACAGUAACUUUAGGGACGAUGGUCUGACCUCAGUAACUGACAGUAACUUUAGAGAUGAUGGUCUGACCUCAGUAACUGACAGUAACUUUAGAGAUGAUGGUCUGACCUCAGUAACUGACAGUAACUUUAGAGAUGAUGGUCUGACCUCAGUGACUGACAGUAACUUUAGAGAUGAUGGUCUGACUUCAGUAAUUGACAGUAACUUUAGAGAUGAUGGUCUGACGUCAGUAACCGACAGUAACUUUAGAGAUGAUGGUCUGACGUCAGUAACUGACAGUAACUUUAGGUAUGAUGGUCUGACCUCAGUGACUAACAGUAACUUAAGGGACGAUGGUCUGACCUCAGUGACUGACAGUAACUUUAGGGAUGAUGGUCUGACCUCAGUAACUGACAGUAACUUUAGAGAUGAUGGUCUGACCUCAGUAACUGACAGUAACUUUAGAGAUGAUGGUCUGACCUCAGUAACUGACAGUAACUUUAGAGAUGAUGGUCUGACCCCAGUGUUUGACAGUAACUUUAGGGACGAUGGUCUGACCCCAGUGACUGACAGUAAUUUUAGAGAUAAUGGUCUGACCCCAGUGACUAACAGUAACUUUAGGGACGAUGGUCUGACCUCAGUAACUGACAGUAACUUUAGAGAUGAUGGUCUGACCUCAGUGACUAACAGUAACUUUAGGGACGAUGGUCUGACCUCAGUAACUGAAGCCCUGUGA